AUGAGUAACAGCAGUGAAGGUCAAACGAUGCAAAUCCUAACAUACGUAGGAUAUGCUGUGGCAGCCAUAGUUGGCACCUUCCUGUUGGUGGUAGCUUGCGCGCAUAUCGCUAUCCAGACGCAUCCGCAUCUAAUUAACAAAUUGCGUGAUAUGUACAGUUAUCUCACAGGAUCGUCCAGCAGCUUUACCGCUACCAACUCCAUCAACUUUUAUGACCCGGGUCAGCCUACAUUGUCACCAAAGUGA